UAUUGUACACUGAGGGACAUUGGCGCGGUUUAACCUAAACCCGGCAGCAGUUCGUGCGUGAGCUUUCUGAUUUUUAUUCGAAACAAUGUCUGCUCAUCAAAAAUACAGAUACGAAAACGAUUGCAAACCUGAUGAAAACAGGAACAAAGGCGCUUCAAGAUGGUCCCAUUGUAGGAAACGCGGUGCAGAUGGUAGUAUGAGAAAAUCUCACGCGGUUGAAGAGCCUGGCAAAUGUUCACAGAGCUCACGCAGACCAGAAAGUUUCACAACCCCAGAGAGUGAGGGACCUGUGUCCAGAGUAAAAAACUGGGGAGAUGAGGUAGAGGCAGAGGAAAUGCGUUCAAAUGUCCAACGUGAUAUGCAUCGAUACAGAAGAAGGAUUCUUGAAGCAGAUUUUCCUCAAAGAGACAGAAAAAUCUCAUCUGGAAGUUCGGACUCCAGAGACUCUAGAGAUUCCAAAGAGUCUUCUGCUAAAGGUGACAUUGAGACAGACGAGGCCACACUCAUAAGAAGACAAAAACAGAUCAAUUAUGGGAAAAACACUCUCGCAUAUGACGGAUACAUUAAAGAAGUUCCCAAGCAUAUGAGACAGCCUGGUGUUCAUCCAAAGACUCCAAACAAAUUCAAGAAGUACAGCCGACGCUCCUGGGACCAGCAGAUUAAACUGUGGCGGGUCAAACUUCACGCGUGGGAUCCUCCUGCAGAAGAGGGAAGCGAUGUGCAGCAGAUAGAAGUGAUUGACCUUGGUGAAAUAAUGGACUUUGAGUUGGAUGUGGAGUGUUCAGCGGAUACUGAAUCCAAGUGUCCAACAUCCAGUGGAGCAUCGCUGUCUUUGGCAGAGGACUCAUUUACAGGAACCCCUAAAAAGAUUAUGAAAAUUGAGGAUACUGAAAUGUCAUGAGCAACUACACUAAGAUCCGAGGAUCUAUGAGAGAACUCCUGAGCAGCUGAAUUGUUUAAAUACACUGUUUUCCUUACUGUUUUGAGUGUUAUUGUAAAAUGCUUUCAACAGGUUCUGGUGUUUUUGUGAUAGCACAGGUUUUGACAGCUUCUUAAAGAGAAGUUUUUUAAAAGGUUUUGGCAGUAUCACUGAAUUCAACAUGUUCUUUCCACUUUUUCCUUUUUUGUUUUUUUGCAAAAGAAAAUAUAAAUGUGUAAAUGUUGUAAUUGUUUAAUUUUCUAUUCUGGUAAUCCAUUUAGUGCUCAGUGGAUAUUCUCUUGUAUUUAUCAGUUUGUUGGAUCUCAGAGAGGGUUCACAACAAAUUUCCAAUGUUAAGUAGUUUUUG